AUGAACGAAACAAAUACUAGUGAUCCUUUCACUUAAGCCAACAUUUAGAAGGCAGAUGCAUUCUUGGCUCAGUUUAUUGAUAUAAAAUAACUGCUUCCAAUUAAGGAAGGGUUGACAAAGGAAAUGAUAGAAUACUUCAAUUAAUUUAAAUUCUCAGCUUAAAUAUAGAUUGGGCCCUUAACCUAUUAGGAGAGACAGAAAAAAAUUUAAAAAUAUAGACAAAAAAAAAAUAACAGGUAGUUUACUAAAAAGAACCAUUAUGAGAACAGGGUGAAAAAGGCAAAAUCUCGAUAAAGAGAGAAGGGAAGAUUUAUUUCUAACAAAAAAUGA